CACUCACUCACUCACUUCUUUCAUUGCGUGAUGACAUCAAGUCGUCUCCGAGGCCGGCAGGGACAGCAAAGGCAACGUACGUGACAGUCAGCACAAGAGGAAUCCCGUUGUUCUAGUUGGGCCUCGUUGCCGCAUGCAGGAUGACGCUUCUGGUCCACAUGCUGGCCUGCGCCUUUGGCCUGGGAUCCUGGGUAGCCGUGAACGGCCUGUGGGUGGAGCUGCCACUCAUCGUCAACACCCUCCCCGAAGGAUGGGAGCUUCCCUCCUACCUGACCGUCCUCAUCCAGAUGGCCAACCUGGGACCUUUGCUCAUCACUCUCAUGCACAAAGCCAGCCCGGGCCGCUUGAACGAGCGGGCCGUCAUCUACGCCAUCCUCUCCAUUGGCAUCUUGUCCUGCGGACUGCUGGCCUUCUUCUGGCACCAAACGAGCAUUGUGGCUGGUGCGUCGCACAGCACCGCAUUCUUCAUCAUCACUUUCUUCCUAUCGCUGGUGGAUUGCACCUCCUCUGUCACCUUCCUGCCUUUCAUGAUGCAGCUUCCCGCCAAGUACAUCACCACAUACUUUAUUGGGGAGGGCCUGAGCGGCUUCGUUCCUGGCGUCGUCGCUCUGGCUCAAGGCGUGGGCAUGGCCAAGUGUGUUAACGCUACUCAGGCGACGACAGGAAACCACACAGGUGGAAACAAUUCGUUCCUCCAGACCGAGUAUCUCCCACCCAACUUUUCCACACAGGUGUUCUUCUUCUUCUUAACGGCCAUGAUGUGCAUAAGUCUGGCUGCUUUCAUCGCCCUGAACAGGAUUCGUCUGCCGCCUGACGAAAACCUGAUGGCGGGUUCGAUGACGUCGGUCUGCUCCGGCCUGGACAAUCCUGCAGCGGAUACUGACGGAAAGGAUACAAAAUGUGAAAAUGAGGAGGAGAGCCACACGAGGCCUGCGCCUGCUGAGCUCAAUCACUCCGUAUACCAACUCACCUUCAUCUACUUCCUGGUGGUGUGGGUCAAUGGUGCCACCAAUGGUGUGCUGCCCUCUGUGCAGACGUACUCCUGCAUGCCCUACGGCAACCUGGCCUAUCACCUCUCGGCUGCACUGGCUUCAGUGGCCAACCCGGCAGCUUGCACCAUUGCAAUGUUUUUCCAAAACAGGUCUCUCGUGUUUCUAGGUGCGCUGGCGCUGUUGGGUACAGGCUUUGGCAGCUAUAACAUGGCCAUGGCUGCUAUGAGCCCCUGUCCUUUACUUCAGGGCUCCAUGGCUGGAGAAGUCAUCAUCGUCCUCUCGUGGCUCUUGUUCACUGGAACUCUGUCUUACAUCAAAGUGAUGUUGGGGGUCAUCCUGCGUGACCGCAGCCACAGCGCCCUGGUUUGGUGCGGCGCCGCAGCACAAGCGGGGUCGCUGGUGGGCUCUGUUACCAUGUUCCCGCUUGUCAAUGUCCUCAUGCUCUUCAAGGCCGGGGACUUCUGCAACACCAAAUGUCCACUCUGA